CAAAGUAUCUGAACUGAACUGUCAGAAAAACGUAAACAAGAAGACGGGGUUUCAAUUUGUAAUUUUAUUUUUUUCAAUGUUUAUAUUCAAUAAUGGAGCAAGACGAAUUGUUUUCGAAUUCAGAUGGAUUUAACAUUCGAGAUAUUGCUGAAAUUGAAGACUUUCUAAAUAAUUGUGAUGGAGAUUUUAUGAGAAAACUUGAAGAAGAAUUAACCUCAGUUGACAGUGAUUCUGGAUUACUCAGCGUAGACACCUCAAUUAAGUCCGAAAGCACGUCUCAACCUCAAUCGUCUCCAUAUUCUAGCAAUCCUGGAAAUCCUCUAUUUUCUCAGUUCUCACAUACUGUGAAGAAGUCUCCACAAAGUUCGCCCAGUGCGAAAUCAAGUCCUGUUCAGGGAGUGUAUGCUCGUGAGGAGGGAUACACGUUGCGUCCCAAAACAGAAAAUACGUCAGCACCAGAUGUAAAUAAACAUGGACGGAAAUUGCCUACACAGACUCCCAUGAUUGUACAACAAGUUGUACAAAGUCCUCUAUAUGUAAAUUUAGCCCCUGGUAGCAUUCACCAACUUGCGGAUGGAAGAGGCUCCCUUGUUCAGUUAGAUGGAGUUCAACAAGUAAAACAAACUAACAAAAAUCAACAGCCCAACCAACCUCUACUCAUUCAAAGCAAUGCCAAAGGAGUCACUCCUUUGCUUCUAAAAAGUGAUUCAAACUUUUCUCCAGUGAUAUUGCAGUCAAAUAUAAUUAACUCUGAGACACAAACUUUGAUGUAUACUAAUGCUCCAGUCCAAGCUCAAAACAUAAUAUCUAAUGCAAAGUCGGAAAGCAGACCUAUUCAUACAUUCUUCACCAGUAAUAGCGGACCAGCCCUACUGGCCACAAGUAUACCAGUGGUGCUUGAAGGAGACAAGAUAGCUCUCAGUCAAGCUCCCAAUAGCGGGCCUCCUAAGGUCAAAGAGGUUAAGAGAAGUGCCCACAAUGCGAUUGAAAGAAGAUAUAGGACAAGUAUAAACGACAGGAUUGUAGAGCUUAAGAAUAUGCUAGUUGGUGAAGAUGCUAAGUUAAACAAAUCGGCAAUAUUGCGAAAAACAAUUGAUUACAUUAAGUAUCUACAGAAUCAGAAUGCUAGGCUAAAACAGGAGAACAUGGCUCUCAAGUUGACAUGCCAGAAGUCUGGAGUGAAGGAACCAAUAUUUGAGGGAGGGUAUACACCUCCACACAGCGACAUUUCCUCUCCGUAUCCCUCACCACAUGGUUUGGACAGUGAUUCACCAUCCUCUCCAGAAUUUAAGGUGGAAGAGAAGUAUUCUAAAGUUGUUAUGGGUAUGGGAGACCAUUCACGCUUGGCGUUAUGUGCGUUUAUGGUGGGCCUCAUAGCAUUCAACCCAUUCAGCACAUUCUUUGGAAGUUUCUUGUCAGAGCCCACAUCUGGCGAUUUUUCUGCACGGGUUGAAAACAGACGAAUUUUGGCUGAUAAAAACAAUGGUUGGAUAGAUAGUACUGGAUCUUUAGCAACAUGGUUUUUCAACACUUUCUUUAUUUACCUGGUGAACUUUAUUAUCCUUGGAGGAUGUCUUGUAAAGUUGCUGGUUUAUGGAGACUCUGUGCCUAAAUCACAAUCCAAAGAGGCUGGAUUAUUUUACAAACACAAACAACAAGCUGAAAAUUUUCUUAAAAAGGAUGACAUCACCAAUGCUCAGUUGGAGCUCCAUAGAGCGCUGGCAGUGUGUGGUAAAAGCGUACAAGCCGGCAGCCAAGGCCAUGCAAAGUAUUCUGCGCUGAUAGCUGCCAUCCUCAGGCAAAUACUGCAGCGGUUGCCUUUGGGAGGCUUCCUUGCCCGAAAAGCUGGUGAUUUGUGGAGCGACAGUCCCGCAAGAAGAGCAACUCAGCACUGGGCAGCAGAAGUGGCGGGAGUGUCUCACCGCCUCGCACAACUGGCCAUUUUGUCCUCGGACCGGGGUUGCAGCGAACGCAUCGUUCUGGCGUUGCAAGCUGUCAACUUGGCGGAAGUGGCGGGAAACAGGCAGCUUCUGGCUGACACUUACGUCACGGCCGCACUGGUUUUCAAGGAUUACAUUUCAAAGAUUGGCAAUUGGCUUUGCGGGUACUACUUACAUCGCUGCCGCGUAUCGUGCACGGCGUGGUGGCAGCAGCCGGGCGCGCGGCUGCGCUGGGCGUGCAGCGCGCGCGGCGCCGGCUUCCUGCGGCGCCGGCGCUGGAGCUACGAGCGCGCGCCGCCCGCCGCCGCGCUCUUCAGCCGGCUGCCCGACCCGAAGGACCCGCUGCUUUAUGCUAUGAGGACCUACCACCUGGAGCUGCUGCAGCAGAGCCUGCAGAUGCUGCUGUGCGCGGACGCGCGCAGCAACACGCGCGACGUGCUGGACCUCGUCAAGAUGAUCACCGCCGACGUGUCCACCGACGCGCCACAACACACUGGUUGUUGGGACCCGGUGAUGGAGUGGUGGGCUAACAUCGUGGGUGUGGCCGCCACCUGGCUGUUGGCUGACACCAACAUGGCGGCGGAAAUCGGGAAUAGACUCGACAUGCUGCCCGAGGCUUUGGCUAAUAGCGAAGAUCCACUUCCAGGGGCUCUACACAUGGCAUACAAAAGCAGACGCGGCUUGCUGAGCCUCGCACACUGCAGAGAUGACAAGGCUGUCGAGCGGACGUCUGCUACCAUACUCAAGGUGUGCGAUAUCGCUGGAACCAGACUAGCGGACUCGCUGGCGUAUUAUUGCUGUCGGAAACCAACCCAGUUAAUGAUGCUAAUGCAGGUGUUGUGCUGCGACUGGGUGCUCGAGGUGCGGGCGGGCGUGUGGGAGGCGGCGGACAGCGGGCCCGCGCCGCCGGAGCAGCUGCGGGCCUUCCAGACCGACUUGCAUUCGUUGAGGAGGCUCUCGCAGAAUUUGCCGUGGGUGACGUCCCGUGUGUUCCUGCACUCGGCGGUGUGCCGCAUGAUGGCGGGCGCAGCGCCGCGCCGCACGCAGCUGCUGCUCGACGGCAGUCUGCGGCCGCGCCUCAAUCGCUCUUCUAUCAUCUGUGGGAAAGAGCGCGUGGUGGAGGGCGGGGGUGGGGAGGGCGAGCGCGCGACGGCGCUGUACAUGGCGUGCAAGCACCUGCCGCGCCGCGUGCUGGCCGCGCCGGGCGAGCGCGCCGGCAUGCUGGCGCAGGCGGCCGCCACGCUGCAGCGCAUCGGCCACCGCAGCCGACUGCCGCACUGCUACCAUCUCAUGAAGUCGUUCGGCUCGCUCCCCGCCGCGCCUUAGGUAUUGUAAAUAGAUAAGACUGCGAAAUAACGAACUACAAAGUCACAGAAAACUUCUCUUAAAAAGUAUCUGUGGUUACAUUAAAUCAGAAUUUCAACAUUGUUAUUAUCUCAUGAAGUCCUUCGACUCGAUUACCAAAACAACGCUUCGGUAUACAUCAAUGUUUUUAGUUCCAUGUGAUGGAACUGGAGAGAAAAAAAGUGUAUUUUGUUAUAUUAAAUGAGAAUGUCAACACAGUUACCAUCUCAUGAAGUACUUUGGCUAUCUCCCGGGUGUAUUUGCUAAUAAUUUGCGAUGUGCCGCUGAGAAUUCUCUAUUGUGAGAUUUUUUUCCCUUGAGAAUUUUUACAGAUUUCCAAAAUUUACGAUCUUAAGAAAAUAUUAAAACUUCUCCUGUGUAAGUGUGCGUCGGAUGACCUCGAACAAAUAUCUAAUACAAAAUUUAAAACAACACAGGCGUUACGUCUUUGUUUGGUUUUGGCUCUGUUGCCAAUGUUUUUUAAUAGUAAUAAUAGAAAGCGAAGAUUUCUAACACAAAUAUGUUUUUGGCCGCAAUCAAUAUUUUGAUAACUUAAUACUUUAUUAUUCUACGUACAUUGAUUUGAAAGAUCACAACGUUGGUUUGUUUGCUUCUAAUUGAAAUAUUAUUGAAAAUUAUUUUUUUGCUCUCAGUUUAAUUAGGUUUUAUUAUAGUGUAGUUUUAUAUUAAUAUAAAAUUGAUUACCACGGGCAAAGCAGUAAUUUUUAGUGUGAUAUAAUUUUGUCAGGACAUAUUUAUAAAGUUUCAUUUCCGUAGCUACCGUCAUCCAUUUCAGUGUUCUUGUAUGUGACAUCUUUUGUUAAGUUUUAAGUGUAAUUAUUCGAGAAUAAAUGUAAUAUUAAUUUAUGUAAGUAUGGAUUAGUAAUUAAGAAUAAAUUAUUUUUAAGAGGUUUACUAUAGUUGAAUUAAGUUAUAAAGCAGUAUAUUUUGCUCUGAUGUUUCAUUUCAUAUAGUGUUACUGUUUCUUAAUUAUAAAUUAAGAAUUAGCUUUGAGAAAUUAGUUGUAAGAUAUAUGCAAAUAAAAUGUUUAUUUGUUAAUACAAAA